AUGGGUUGGCCUAUUGAUCUAGCCUAUUCAUGUGAGAGGGAAUAUGAGGAGGUGCUAGAGGUUAUGGGAGAACUACGACUGGAGGAGAGGAAGAUAAAAGUGGAGGUUAUGUUAUGCGUGAGUCGUGUAUGCGUUGGAUGGGCACAAGGAGUGAGGCACAUAAGCUUGGGAGGUCUGGUAGCUACCGGUUGUGUGAGCUUGCCACUGGAGGAACUUGUCCAUGCACGAGGUUGGCUAAGUAGCGGGGAGCAGCUGGAGCAUGAAGUUGUACGCGUUGGCUACGUGGGAGGUAUCUUAUUAGAGUUGGCCAAGCGGCUAGAGGCGAUGUUUAUAGGAUUACUCAAGGCUGCUCGCAUCUAUAAGCUUACUACUAAAGGAACUACUACAUGCAUAAGGUUCACUAUUAGAGGAGCUACCAUACACAUAAUGGGGAUAGACUAG